UGUUCAGUUAUUUAUAAUAAGGUAAAUAUCUGGAUAACAUCGAAAAUCGUAAAUUCUAUUAUUCUACAUACACAAGUUUAACUAGAUAUCGUUCAAGAGAUUAAGAUAUUAACUAAUCAGAUAAUUUUCAAAUGAUGAUUUGUUUGGACAGUACGUACCAUUUGGAGACCCUUAUUGUUUUGUAGGUUCCAUUCAUUUUCACGGGCAUUCGAUGAGCGGACGUUACACGCGACAUGUUGACAGUUCUGAGAGCCGCAGCUCUGCUGAGUGUGUUGUCAGGUCAGGGUUCAGAUGCCUUUGAUUGCUGCACUGGUUAUACGGAUGCACUAGGCGACUAUCAUCAAUCACAGUUAUGUCUCGACUACUGCUGUUGGACACUAGGGGUGGCAUAUAAAGGCUGCUGUAGCACUCGGUUAAGGAAGAUUCCUGUCCCUGUUAUUCUGGACGGAUUAUGUAUUCUGCAAUGGAUUAGUGAGCACACAUGGGUGCCCAUGUUGAUUGGUUUUUGUACCUUUUGUUGCUUUUGUGGCUGUUGUGGCUGUUGCGGUUGUGUCUUAAGGAACCUGUUUAGAUAUACUAUCACCCCUCCAUCAUCAACAGCUGUUACGACCAGUACCAACAACCAGUUUCUCGACGAUUCGUUAAUUAAACUAAAUGAAGACUUGUCUGAAAAGUAACAACAGGAAUAGACACGUAAUUCAGAUGGGAAAAUAUGAUGAACUAACUUUUACAAUAUGAUAUUGUAUAUGAAUAUUUUUAAUAGACAAAUACCGAUAUGUUUGUAUUAUUUUUAUAACUAUUUAAAUAACAGACCACGUAAGUGAAUGUUUAGCAAAAGAAAACUGGUGCCUCCGGGAAAUUUUCCCGAAACUUGGAAUAUUACUACUUUUUUUAACCGUAGCUAUUUUGUUUAGGACUGGACUUUAGUGAUUAAUCAGAGAUGCUUGUUAUAUAAAAUUUACACUGAAGAAAGCAGGUCUAUGCUGGGUGAGUUACUUUUCGUUUCAAUGGGAUAAAUUGUGUAUCACUGUAUGUCAUUUGUUUGCCCUUUUGAACAUCACGUUUGAUACAAUGUACUGCAGGCGUAAGUAAUGGUGCAAUACCAUGUGCCUUAGUGUUAAUAGUAAAAGUCUUAACUAGAUACUAUCCAGUUAAUGUUCAAGGGAAAAUAACUUGAGGCAGUUCUGGGCACACUCAGGGCUACUGUUUGUUUUAAAAUAUUUACCAUACAUUUUUGUACUUGAAAAAAUUUCGCAAACUAUAUCACCUGAUGAUUUUCUCGAUAUCUAUCAAACUAGUUUGAAUCUGUCCGCGAACCUUAAAGACCCACCACAACCUAGUGAACUACUUUUCCCUCCAACAUGAACUUCGUAGAAAUCAUUCUGAUAAUACAGCUAUACUACAAGAUGACAGGUGGACUAUACAGACCUUUUCUGAAUUAAUGUGUUUUCACAAUUUCAUCUGUAAACUUAUUCAUUCGGUCUCAUUCAGUAUAGUUUUAAAACAUUGAUAAAUAACUAUCCUAAACAGUAGAAACAAUAGAAGCAAAGUGUGGUCUAAACUCGACAUUUUUAUGCAAAUCAUGUAUAAUUAUAUUUUAAUCAGGUUAUUUCAAGGCAGAAAUAUGCCACCAUACCCCUAUGAAAAAUAUGAUAUUUGAAAGGUUCAUAAACAAAUAACACCCAAAAUAAUAUAAGAUAAGGAAUAAUAUUCCCAACAGUUUAAGGAAUUUAAACAAGGUAAAAACUUUAAAUUGCAUAUUACAAAGUUUUUUUGGUUGUAAAAUCUUUACAGUCAUGACAAAACAUGUUGUAAAUGUUAUAAUUUUGUUUUACUCUAAAAUUGUAAUUUUGUGUGUUGUCGAUGUUGUAAUUUUAUUCUGCAAUUAGGAAAUAUGCUUUUUAUAAAAAUAUUGGCAUUUUUAAUUCACAAAAUCUACCACGUUAAUUUGAGGUGUUUAAAUGCUUCAUGAUUAAGAUUUUCACUAUGUAAUGUUGUUCUAUAAGGUACUUAAUGAGUUAUCUUCGUAAUGUAAAGGUUUUGUUAUAUUAUUAUUACUAUUAUUGUUAUUAUCAUUAUUAUUUUAUCUUUCUUAAGUUUUGUUUCGUGUUUUGUUAUCUUAGUUUUUUUAUCUAUUCAUAUCUUGUAUAUGUGUCAGUAUAUUACAGCUUUGUGGGCGGAAAUAAAGAUAUUGAAUUGAGUUCUCAAACCUUCCAAGUAAAUACUUUCGAAUGACUGUGUUUGGUAAUAUCAAACAUAGAAAAUAAAGCAUUAAUUUGAGAUAUAUCAGUCAAAUCACAACCUUUAACAAAUAUAUUUUUGAUACCUGUAGUAACAUUAAAAGAAAUUUUGAAAGAAUAGAUGUGAAUGCAACUGAAAAAUACCACACAAUAGUCAAUGUUAUAAUUAUGUUUUUUUCUAAUAUCAAAUUCAAAUUUACUAAGAUAUGUUAUUCAGGCGCGUUAUCGUCAAAAACACAUGAUAUUUUCGGUAAAAUAGCUACAAGUUGAUAUACAAUGUCUACUAGAAGUUUAUAAUGAAUAAAGAACUACUAUGACGGUCGAUGAGCUUGAAUAGGCUGAAUUUCACUGUGUCACUAAGCUUUCUUUGAUUUAUUUAGCUCUUGUUCUUGCUGACCUUGAUUAGUUAUGGCGAGAGAUGAAAGGUCCAAAUUAACGCAAUACGCAAUGUAACAAAACUCUGCAUAAUAAAGCGGCACAAUAAAGCAUACUGUGGAACGGAAAUGAUUUAACACAGGGACUUUACUGAUAGUAAUACUGAUGUAUUUCUACCUAUUCUUGAGGUAAUAGUUGAACUGUGUUAUGCAUUAAUUAUUAAGUAAUGAAUAUGUUUUAGUUUAUACGUAAAUGUUAAAAGAAUUGUAUAAAUAUAUCAUUAUAAUAAAAAUUGUUAAUUA